AGGUUAUGCGUUCGCCAAAUGGCAACACCAACGGGUUGGCAGAAGAUAUUAUAUCGAAAACAACCAUUUCCAGACAAUUAUUCAGGCGGGGAUGCACAAUUUCUCAAAGAGUUACGAAAAAAUGUAUCUGUGGUUCAUUAUGAUUAUAAAAGCGCUGUAUUUGGUUGUAUGAAUUUUUUAACGCAUUUGGAUAUGAUCACAAUGUAUUUUGUUCUCUUUUUAAAUAUUCUUCACUCCAAUUGGUCUAUAAACAUUCUUUACUCUGUUUUUAGUCUGACAAUUGUUCUCUAUCUCUUCUUUUGUAAAUUCCUGAUCCCAAAUCCUGCAAAUGCAAAAGAACAUGCAAGAACGAUUUUUACUUUAUUCAUUUUCGCGUAUGCUUUCACUCCUGUGAUACGAACUUUAACUACUUCAAUAAGUACGGAUACAAUUUACUCUACAUCUAUCAUCACUGCCAUUUUUAGUUGUUUCUUUCAUGAUUAUGGUGUCAAAGCCCCAGUUGUAUCAUAUCCAACAUCCGUCAGCACUGGCCUCAGCUCUGCUAUUUUCUUGCUCUCUCGAUUGGAAGGAGAUACUCCAACCCUACUUCUACUUGUCGUUGCCUUCACAUUGCAUGCAUAUGGAGCUGAAUUCAGGAAUCGUAUAUUCCACGUGUAUCCUUGCCUUUCCUCGACAAUAUUCUGUUUUCUGUCAUUAUUUUCCAUCUAUUGCAUCUCUGAUUUCUCACUUGAACUUUCAAUCUGUUUUGCUCUUCUCCAUAUCUUUAUAUUAUUUAUUUGUCCAUUAAUAUUAAUUUUAAAGCAAACCGGUAAAUGUACGAUACAUGGACCUUGGGAUGAAGCAGUUCCGUUAAAAUCUAAUACAUGACACCGACUCAAUAAAGAUUAUACGAUCAU